UAGUUUCCUUAUCAAUCAUGAUAGUAUCCAGGACCCCAGAGGGAGACAGGUUAAGUUACGGCAGCCAGGAGACCUGUGUUCUGGCGCUGCCACUGCCUAAUACAUAGUGGUAAUUAUAGUACCUCUGCGUCUCUGGGCUCAAGUCUUCCCAUCAGUAAAAUAUGGGUAACAGAAGCCUUCCCACAGACCAUUAGCUCCCUUGGCUGCUCUUGUCUGACGAUUUUAGUGGUACAUUCUUUAGCCCCAGUAAUUUUCUCAGCCUCUACACUGGCUGGGUUCCCUUUGCACGUCUGGUUAGCUCUGUUUUCUGCUUUGCUCUCUUCUGCCUGUCAGCUGAAUAUUAAUGGGGGAAGUCAGCAACUAAUUGAAUUUCAAAUCUCUUGUGGGUCUUCCACUGGAUCUUUUUUGCACCUCUCAAUUCCUUGUAUCUCUUGACAUCCUGUGAAGUUUUUGCAGUAGCUGUUCCAGUUUUCAUUGCAUUCUCCUUUUUCCUUCAUAGCAUCCAUCUUACACUCAGCAAACAACCAUAAUUCUUAAUUUACCAAGAUGACACAGGUUAUGGAGCAGGGUUCCAUCAGUGCCCACCCUCUGUUUCAGAAAGAGGUGUCACUCUUUGCAAAGGCAAACUCCUCUUUAUCUGGUUACUCUUCUCCCAACUCUUAUAUGUAGCUCCUGCCAAGUUCUAUUUUAGAGCUUUUCUCUGUUGGAGCAGCAGCCACUUUUUUUGAGGCCCAUUUAAACCUCUCUCCAGUCUGUUUAGAGGACUUCAGUAGUUCUUUGUUGAGCAUGCACCCCACAUGGUGCCCACUGCCAGGCACUGGGGAUGCAGAGACAAAGAGCUCCCACUCACCCACCACAGCUACACAGACUGUAGAGGAAGCAUUAGGUUAAAGAACAUUGUAUCUUUUCCUGAAGUUUUCAGAAGUGCAUGGUCCAUACUUGAGACUGCAAGGGAAAGGGUAUUUACUUAUAAUUCAGGUAUACUUUGCUAAAAUAUACAUUCAUAUUAAAAUAUACUUUUAUUUUUCUAUAGAUGUACAAGUUCUUUUUAAGUGCUUCAUAGUAUUCCAUGUGUGUAUACUUCACCAGGUCUCUUAUCAAUGGACAGUACAAACAGUACUACCACGAACGUCCCUGCACUCGUAUCUUUGUUUACAACUGCAAGUGUUUCUGCAGUAUGAAUUCUCAGAAGUUUUACUGUUGAGUCAAGGACGUAUGUGUGUUUUGCCAAACUACCCUCCGAGAUAGCUGAAUCUGGUACAUUUUAAAGCAGGAGGCUGCAGAAGACGCUCGGCGGUUCUGGCCUCCGAGCAGCAGGCGGCGCUGUGAGUCGUCUUUGCGGAAGCCGCGGAGGCCUCGCUGACUGACUUCCGGUGUUGGUGGUGGCGCCGCGUAGUCGCCGCGGAGCAGACGCGGAGGCUGGUGGCCACUGGGCGAGAUGCCGUACGCUAACCAGCCUACCGUGCGGAUCACGGAGCUCACUGACGAGAAUGUCAAGUUCAUCAUCGAGAACACCGACCUGGCGGUGGCCAAUUCGAUUCGGAGGGUCUUCAUCGCUGAGGUGCCCAUAAUAGCCAUUGACUGGGUUCAGAUUGAUGCCAAUUCCUCAGUCCUUCAUGAUGAAUUCAUCGCUCACAGGCUUGGAUUAAUUCCCCUAAUUAGUGAUGACAUUGUGGACAAGCUGCAGUACUCUCGGGACUGCACAUGUGAGGAGUUCUGCCCCGAGUGCUCGGUGGAGUUCACCCUCGAUGUGCGGUGCAAUGAAGACCAGACGCGACAUGUCACGUCUCGAGACCUCAUCUCCAACAGCCCCCGGGUCAUUCCAGUGACAUCCCGGAACCGAGAUAAUGACCCCAAUGACUACGUGGAGCAGGAUGACAUCCUCAUCGUCAAGUUGAGAAAGGGCCAGGAGCUGAGACUUCGAGCCUAUGCCAAAAAGGGCUUUGGCAAGGAGCAUGCCAAGUGGAACCCUACUGCAGGGGUGGCUUUUGAAUACGAUCCAGACAAUGCCCUGAGGCACACAGUGUACCCCAAGCCUGAGGAAUGGCCAAAGAGUGAGUACUCGGAGCUGGAUGAGGAUGAGUCGCAGGCUCCCUAUGACCCCAACGGCAAGCCAGAAAGGUUUUAUUACAACGUGGAGUCCUGUGGCUCUCUGCGUCCUGAAACCAUUGUCCUGUCAGCCCUCUCAGGAUUGAAGAAGAAACUGAGUGAUUUACAAACUCAAUUAAGCCACGAGAUCCAGAGUGAUGUGCUAACCAUAAAUUAACUGCAGCUUGCCUGCUUCAGCGAAAACAGAGAUUCAGGCCAGCAGCUGGAUAUGGGGGUCUCUCUUCAGACUCUUCUAGUUUCUGAGAAUCUAGUCUACUGUUGGUUGAGCUUCUUGGCAGGACAUCAGUACCAACUAGAAGUGGGUCAUAGAUAGAUUACCAGGGAUGCAGUGGUGUUUAGGCAGGAUAGGUCUUUACUGGCUCUGACUGCUGUUAAUAAUUGGCAGCAGUGCUCCCCAGAUCCCAGAAGGUCCCUCCUGGACUGUUUCCAGUGCACCUGUAGGGAACCAACUAGACUUCUCUCCUGGUUAGUCCAGCUCUUUACUCUAAACCCUUUCUGUCCAAAAUGAGUCAUUUUCAGUUGUACCUUAGAUGUCUGGUGUUUAGGAUCAAGUGUCAUAGCCUUUAUUCAGGGGGCCUAUAAACCCUUCCAGUCCUUGCCCCAGGGCUGGCCUGCUAGCGCUUCAAAUUCCCAGGUGUCCCUAAUUUGAGAAGUCACCUUUUGGAAUAGCAUUAGACCCUGGCUGUCCCCUCCCCACCAAAUAAACAUGAUAUUUCAUUCUCUGUCCAGCAGUUAUGAACCCCUUCACCUCCAAUGGCCUGAUCAUUUAGUUUGGUGGGGGUGGGGGUGGGGGGGUGGAAGCAGCCGCAGGAGCAAGGGUCCCUCCCACAUACACAGGAGGAGUAUUUCAUUUCUCCUUAAUGAAGGCUCUGGCCCUAACCCCUCAGCACUGUCUCCAGAUAGGAACAUGCACAAAGCAGUUAAUUAGGCAGCCUGGAGAAAACCAGAGAUCCAGUACAGAAAGGAAAGGAUAUUUAUUGAUUAACAGAAGUUGUCUUUUUAAAAGUGUUUAUUUUUGGCAAUAAAGAGCACAACAUAAUCUC